GCUCGAUCUAAGAAGCGUAUCACCACGUGACUUUUACAAGACAUGAUAUUCAUAUUGAACUUCAACCAGGCGAGGUCGCCCGUAUGCUGAUUCCCUGGCAAUUACCCGGACGAUCGAUAGCAUAAUCCCGAAGCUCAGGCCGACCAGCAGGCCCACUGUGCUCGCUCAGCGCACGCUCCUCAGUCAUGUCGUUGCGUGGGCGUGAUUUCGUUAUCUUACACAUCAUCCGCAUAAUUCGUUCAUCCAUCUCGUCGGGUCCCAUAAAGACGGGCGGGGGAUGGGCUCACCUCCCAUCCCGCUCAUCCCAACCUAGCCUACAAUGUCUACCGCCUUCCUCGCCGCUGUCGCUGCCCGCCGCAGCCGCUACGCGCUCUCGCCCAAGUCCUCCAUCCCGGACGAAAAACUCGAGGGCAUCAUCAAGAGCGCCCUGCUGAACGCGCCCUCGUCCUUCAACUCGCAGUCCGCGCGCGCAGUCCUCGUUCUCGGAGAAAAGAACCAGAAGCUCUGGUCGCUGGUGCGCGAAUCGGCUGUCGCCGGUCUUGAUGGCGACCGCAAAGACGCAGCGGAGAAACGAAUCGACGGCUUCACGAACAGCUACGGGUCUGUCCUGUUCUGGGAGGACCAGGCCGUCGUCGACGGGCUGAUCGCCAAGAUACCUGCAUACGCCACGCAGUUCCCGGUGUGGAGCCAGAACGGGGCGGGCAUCCUGCAGUACAUCGUGUGGACCGCUCUGGACGCGGAGGGACUCGGCGCCUCGCUGCAGCACUACGGAGCGAAUCCCGCCCUCGCGAGCGCCAUCAGAGCCGAGUUCGGUCUCCCGGAGACAUGGACGUCGAGUGCCAUCAUGCCGUUUGGUGUUCCUGCUGCCGAUGCCGCCGCGAAGAGUUUCGCGCCGAUCGAGGACCGAUUCAAAGUCUUCAAGGAUUAAGGGAGGACGACCAAUGACCUUGCAGAGUGCCAUCGUAGAUAUCGCCAUGAUUUGGUCAAAGUAGAGGCUUGCGCUUAUCAAGAUCUAGGAUAGAAAACUUCGGGUAUAUCAUCAUCUGUACAAGUACAACUCAUGUCACUUACACCGGUCCUGCAAUGGAUGUCGCAGUUGAAGACUGCUCGCCAGGGACAAGUCUAGCUCCUCGUGAUUAUCAACCAUCCCCUCGAUUUCCCUUUCGCUCCAGACAUCAGUCUCGUACACGAGAACUUGCGUCUUCAUCGUCCGUAUCGGCCUUAAAGACACUGCCCGGUUGCGGGCGUGUUUUCACUCGACGUCGCUGACAGGGAUCGAGUGGUCUUCUGCGGCUUGUUUGAGCGCAACUGUAGCCUUCCCAAUACUCUGGCCUGCUUUGCGCAUGCGAACACGUCUACUGGGUGACCCAUUAGCGCACGCAGCCAUUACCACAUGAGAAAUGCGAUAUGCGUCAUUCCGGGGGCUGUGGUAAAGAGUGCGAAUGCAGUCUCAAAUUGAGAUUCGGGGGCAAGUCGUCUGACGCUGGAUCGUCUUAUGAUGGAAUAAUUUGCUCGAGGGGGUGGAUGAUAAAAGAUCGAAGCGGAGCCGAAAACGCAAGACACGAGACCAAGGACGGAUGGGUAUGCUGUCCUACGAUUCAAUCCGGAAUAGAAUUGUCGGCUAUUCAGCAGAGUUCGAGGUCACAAGAGUGUGGAGACGAGCAUUCCGGUCAGUUAGAAUGGAAGGUUUGGCGAAGGACUCCUCCAUCAAGCAAAGAGAUGAUCUGCAGCGCCAAGUUGCCGGCCAAGCCUGACUGGUCUCGAAAGGAAAGACUUGGAAAUCCAGGCAGUGCUGCCUCUGAUCCCGGGGAAGCCAAGAUGGAUAUCUGGUCCAUGGUCCAUUUUUGACGUUAUCCGUCUAAACCUUGAGAUAGGGUAUCUGUGUGGCAAUCAAGCAUUGGUACAGUAUGUAUAUCGCGUUGGUCCGGGUUUCGAUGAGCGUCGACGUCAUAGGACAAAUGAUCACGUGGGUCUGAAGAUGCUUGCGUGACCUGGAUUGGCUUUGUCUCAGCGCACAGUUGGUCACUGGCCAGUCGAAAUUUCGGGCCCCAGAUUCGAACAUCCCAUCCCUGGAUCAGCGUCUCGAGGCCGAGAGCCAUUGCCGAGCAGGAACCCGACCCCGGAUGCGGACACUGCCAUCACGACGCGUCGCGAUAGUAUCGCGUCGCUGCCUGCACAGAAGGCCCCUCUUCCCCAGCCCCUCGUCCUCCUCUCUACACCCAUGAGGUUUAGCACGGUUCUGCCUUCCAGAUGGCCCCGACUUCUCUCUCUUCUCCUCGCGUGGGUACGGGCCUAGGUGUCCAUGGCAUUCGGAAUCAACGCGUUUGGCCAUGUGGACAAGAGAAAACCCGUUCUGUUCCACAAGAUCCCCGCUUCGACGCUCGUUCGUGUCGAUUCAAGCGAUAUAUCCUCUGUCGGUGCCGUAGUCGCAACUGUAUCCGCGCUCAUUCUAAUUCUAUCGGCAUGCACCGCUUCCCUGGUGCUUCUCACCCUUGAGUCUCUGCGGCGCACCAGGACCGGGUGGCAUACCCGGACCCUCCCCGCACAAUCGGCUUCGCUCGCGUUUCUUAGCUUGUGGUCAUUUCCAGCGCAGAUCCCGGCUUCUAUUUUCGUGGCGUCGCGCGUCACGGGCCGCGCGAGUCUCGCUUGUUCUCGAUGGAGUGCGAGUUCCGAGCAGUGUCAUGCCGAGGAGAUUCGAGCGAGGCGGUUGAUAGUGCGACGAACGCUCGCAAGGACUUCUGC